AGACGCAAUUUGACCGUGGUGGACGUAUUAUGAUCAUAUGAUGGAAGUGCAUCAUUGCAGGGCGGAAGUAUCAUCUGACGUGGCAUGAGGGGCGGAAACGCUUGUUUGUGUUUUGGUUCUAAAGGGGAAGUUGCGAGAGAAAAGAAAGGAGGAGACUUGAUCGGGGUUGGUAAAAUUCCCACUAACCGACCCCAACAAUAAGGAAAACCUCUCAAAAAUUUUAGCACCCCGUCGUCGGAAAUCAGUUCAAGCAACCUGCCGGCUGACUUUCAGCCAGUACUGGGACAGCUCUCGGUGUGUGUGUGACCGCCUAAAGGAGACUGGGUGAUUGACGACUGUCAUGGCCAAUAGGGGAGGAGCAACACGCCCCAACGGGUCCAACGCGGGAAAUAAGAUCUGCCAGUUUAAACUGGUCUUGCUAGGGGAGUCAGCUGUGGGAAAGUCCAGUCUCGUACUGCGCUUUGUCAAGGGGCAGUUUCACGAGUUUCAGGAAAGCACAAUUGGAGCGGCCUUCCUUACGCAGACGGUGUGCUUGGAUGACACAACGGUAAAGUUUGAGAUUUGGGACACAGCCGGACAAGAGCGCUACCACAGUUUGGCCCCCAUGUACUACAGAGGUGCCCAAGCUGCCAUUGUAGUUUAUGACAUCACCAAUGAGGAGUCGUUUGCAAGAGCAAAGAACUGGGUGAAGGAGCUUCAGAGGCAGGCCAGCCCAAACAUUGUCAUUGCACUGUCUGGGAACAAAGCUGACCUUGCCAACAAGAGAGCUGUGGACUUCCAGGAUGCUCAAACUUACGCAGAUGACAACAGUUUGCUGUUCAUGGAGACAUCAGCAAAGACUUCCAUGAAUGUGAAUGAGAUCUUCAUGGCCAUUGCAAAAAAGUUGCCUAAGAGCGAGCCCCAAGCUGCCGGAGCCAACAGUGGGCGAAGUAGGGGUGUGGACCUCACAGAGACUGCCCAACCCACCAAGGCCCCCUGCUGCAGCAACUAACGCAAAAAAAAAAAAAAAAACCCACACAAAACUCUGUUACCGCAACAACUAACGCAAGGUCCCGCCCUCCAACUUGGUUUUGACUAACUAAUGAAAUGCCUCUGCUUUCCCCAUUUCCACAACUCUCUUACGCUGUAACAAAAGCUCUGCCCCGCCCAUAUAUCCGCGGUGUUUUGUUUUGUUGUUUUUCUGUAAAGACCCAGGCUUCUUACUGUAUUCAUGCUUAAGGUCAUGCCUUGUCUCCAAACUGUAAUAUAUGCCGUCACAAAUAUUCAUCAGAAAGAAAGAAAAAAUGUCAUUUGCCUGACCAGGACAAAAAAGGGGUGGGGCCUCUGCAAGGGUUCGCUUGCUCUGUCAUAAUUCAGAACUCUACAGUCGGCUUCGUCGUUUCUUUUUCUCAAAUCUGUUUUCAUUCUUUUUUUUUUUUUAUGAUUUUGUUUUAUAAAAAUGUACUUUUCAGAAAAAUGGAUGCAUGUAUCACUACAAAGCCUGAAAAAGGUAAAUCAAAGUUUUAACCUUAUCCAACGGCACACAUGGUGAGAGAGGACUUGACAAAUGACUCGGCCCAUUUGCUCCACCCCGUCUCGUUUCCCUGCUCUUUCCCUCUCGCUCUGAUUCUGGAUGUCCCAGCGGCUCUGUUCAGUGGCAGACUGCCCACUUCCUGAGGCUGUGCCGCCAAGCCCACCUCCUUCUUAACCCCACACACACAGCCAAGAUCCCUGUUAUUCUCUCACCAGUUAGCACCCCUUCACUUUUUUCGUUGGCAUUAUUGGCAAUAUCCUAUAACUGAGUGAAUAUUUGGCUGUGCUUUCACUCAGCAUGAAAGGCUUACACAAGGUUCUGAUAUUCAUUUAGUAAAAAAAAACAAAACAAAAAAACAUGUCUACAUACAAGUAAAGUGAAUUACCCUUCACAAACGUGCACCGCUCACACAUACUCCCAUUCUUCUGGUUCUAACUCACCCAGGUGUUUCUUACUCCAUGCCUUGCACUAAUUUUUGGUCUUGAUAUUAUCUCUUGCAAGAACAGCCAGAGUGAUAUAAAUAUAUAUAAAUAAUUUACUGUAAAUAGGGUGUUGCAAUGUAUUCGUCUUUUUCAUUUACUGUUGCAGGACUAAUGCUUGAUAGGGAGUUAGAUGAUCAUUAAAAAAAAAAAAAAGAUUGUACAGUAACCAGGAAUUGCUUUGAUAGGGGGUUGGAGUUAUGUUUCUUUUUCACAAAAUGGUUAAAUUAUAAUCAAUGGUGGUCUUAUAAAAAAUGUAUGUAGUGUUAUUAACAAAAAAAGAAGCUUUUCUUUAGUGGUCUGUUUUGUAAUUUUCAUGAGAAAGCAAAGACAUUCACAACGUUUUGUCACUAACAGUGUCCAAAUGACCAGAUUAUGAUGGUUCUUCCUCUGCUUUUCUUCCCAGUAUCAUACAACAUACACUUUUAACAUGAUCUCAAUAUUCUAUCCUUCAGGAUACUGGUACCACAUACAUUCGCUGCUACAUUAAAUUUUCGUCUUUUUUUUAUUUUUUAAAGCAUUUCCCCUUUGAGACUAAAAAUGCAGUUACUUAAAUAUUACUGUUAAUGUAUCAAAUAAAUUUCUUAUAAAUGGUA